AUGUCGAAGGAGGAUCCAUUGGACAUGGCUUUGCCGGACGAGGAUGGCUCCGGUGACGACUAUGACCGAGAUGAGGACUUCGAUGGGGACUACAAGGGGGCCGAGGGCCUCGAGCUGAAGGGCCCCGAAGAGUUGGCCAUGGACUUCGAUGUCUUUGGCAGAUAUGUGCAAAGUUCACAGACAGAGAACGGCAAACCCGUAUUUCUGGGGCCCAAAACCGAGGGAGCAAGGCCAAGCAUUGCAUUCACUCUCGGCGGCGAUGACAAGCCCACAUGGUGGAUCUGUGAUGCGUCCGGUGGCGAAUGCUUCUAUGCUGAGUGCGAUGCCGAUCGUCCUCCUAGGACCGGAUGGCGAAAUUACUCCGAUGCUGAGGUGGAAUUGGUAUUGGAGGGAGGGUGGGUGGACGGCGAGACGAAGAAGGACUCGCGCUCUGAUCGGUCGCGGAGCCCACGCCGCGAGAAAUGUCCUUGGUGA